AUGAGACCUUUCCCGGCAGCUACACUAGUACUAUUUCUUUACUCCAUGAUAAUUUCCCAACUCCAUUUCACAACUUCAAAACCUCUUGGAUUCAGCCUGAAGCUCAUCCCUAGGGACUCUCCGGAGUCUCCAUUAUACCCUGGAAACCUCACUCAAUUCGAAAGAAUUGAGAGAUUGGUUCAAUUCUCCAAAGCUAAAGCCAAACUAGUGACACUGUUAUCCACUCUAAAUGCAACAAAAUAUGAUCCAAACUUUAUCAUCCCUCUAGCUAUUGAUUCUUAUUACUAUAUUGGGAAGAUUACAAUUGGAACACCACCAAAAGAUGUGCUUCUAAUGAUAGACACUGGCGGUGGUCUAAUUUGGACUCAGUGUGCGCCUUGCAUAAAUUGUUUCCCACAACUAUAUCCCAUUUACGAUUCCCAAGCUUCUUCUUCUUUCAAAACUCUUCCCUGUGAUCACCCUUUAUGUCAAGGUGAACGCAGCAUUUUUCAAUGUGUUAAUGGAGUAUGUAUCUACAGUGUUCACUAUGGUGGAGCAGGACCUACAAACGGUGUCGCGGCCCUGGAAUCGUUCUUCUUUCCGGAUGACAAAGCUGGUCAUCAAAUCGUAACCAUAGGUGAUUUGAUGUUCGGCUGCUCGUACGAUAACCGAAAUUUCGAGCAUUUCAAUGGUGUCAUUUCCGGGAUCUUGGGAUUAAACUUAUCUCCAGAUUCACUAUUCGGUCAAUUGUCCCCCAUUGUUGACAGCGUUUUCUCUUAUUGCAUUGUUCCCUUUUCUCAAGGACUGACCAGUCCUGCUAUCUUGGGGUUUGGGGAUAACAUUCCUCUACCUUCAGGAAAUGUUGUAACAACUCCCUAUUAUACUGUGCCUGGUACUUAUUAUUAUUACUUGCAUUUGAGAGAUAUAAGUAUUGGAUUUCAACGCUUGGGAUUUCCACCAGAAACCUUUGAGUUUAUUAACGGUGGUUUCUUCAUAGACUCGGGAGCGCCACUCACUAACCUUGCCACAAAUACUGGAAAUGGAAUCAAUGUUUAUCAAGUGGUGAUGAAUGCAUUGCAGAAUCACUAUGACUCUUUUCAUUUAGAGAGAAUGACAGGGGUCACGCCUUAUGGCCUUCAACUUUGUUAUAGGAACCGAGCAGGUUUCAGACAGUUUCCAUCACUGAGCUUCAAUUUACCUGGAGGAGACUACAUCGUCGAUGCAAAAUAUGUGAACAUUGCUUUCGAUGCAGAAGGAUAUUUCUGUGUAGCAAUCAUUCCAGGAGAGGGGCAGUCUAUUCUAGGAAUAAUGCAUCAGCAAAACGUGCGUAUCAUUUACAGUGCCGCCCUUGGUGCUAUCCAAUUUUACGAAGCCGAUUGUUCCAAUGAUCGAAUAUAA